AUGACUGGAGUUGCGACGGAAAUGUUCGACUUCGACUCAAGUUUGGAGAUGCAUCAGCUAGCCUGCGACUAUGCCAAAGGCCUUCACCUGCACAGUCUUGAUGGCAACGAUUAUUUCGCAGUGACCGAGCCUGGUUCCACAAGAACAGAUGACGACCGCAGAGGCAUGUGGGAGCUUAUUCAAACAGAUCUAUUCUACCACUUGAUUUACAACAAGCCGGCAAAACUGUUCCGAAGUCUUGACAGCUGGCAGGUCAACUUGCCGUGGCUCUCGCUCGACUCGACUCCGAACAACGAUGCGCCAGUGCCAACCAUUGCAUUUCUCGUCCGCAGCCGACUCACCUUCGUUCUGAUCCACUUCUUUCAAAUGAUCAAAACGCUUGAUAACGAGUCUGAAGCCGUGAAUGCUAUCGAGCCUCUUUGUCACGAGAUCGAAUCACUGCUCGAAGAAUGGAGGAUUGAGGAUUGGGUUCAGCGAUCUGCGCACGAAAAUGACAUGAUCAACCUGUGGAUUUUGGGAGAUCUGCUGCUCAACGGCUACACUUGCAUCAUUUUCAUGCUCCGGAAGGCGACGCUUCUCAAGACCAACUCACCUAACCCCAUCUCCUCAGAUGAUAACAUACCAAAGACACACCUGUCGACCAGGAUAUCACGUCGCAUCCUGGAGCUGACAUACCUCAUGCUGCAUGUCUGGAGGUUCCCUGCAGCUGAGGCCAUCUCGUACAUCUUGGGCGCUUACCGGGCUCACAUUGCAUAUGCCCAUAUCGCAAGCAACAUGGUCAACUCUCCAGACCUCGACGAUGCGACUGCUGACUUGGACUUGCUAGACCGUGUAGCCCAGAGUAUUGAGACAGCAGCCCAGGAGGAGUGCGAUUUUGCACCUUUGGUGAGGGUGAUGAAGAAGAUCAACGCAGAAGUCCUGAGCUCAGCCAGCUCUAAGGCGAGACUGAGUCGCUUCGAGACCGAUCAUACAAUUGACUAUGCCGACCUCACGCGUCGGAUUGAGUCAAGUCGAAAGAUUCUUGGGAGACCCCUGACCUAUUCAGAAAAGGUCCUCUUCGCCCAUGCCGAUAAUAUUGGCGAUGAGCCCCUACACCGCGGCAAGACCCAGCUCAAAUUACGUCCUCGGCGAAUCGCAUGCCAAGAUGCGACAGCUCAGAUGGCAAUCAUCCAGUUCAUGUCCGCUGGUCUUGACUCCACUGCCGUGCCUACGACUGUUCACUGCGACCAUCUUAUCGUCGGCAGGACAGGCCAGGACGAAGACCUUCCCCAAGCUCUGAGCACGCAUAAGGAGGUUUACGACUUUUUGUCAAGCGCAUGUAAGAGAUACGGUAUGGGCUUCUGGAAACCUGGCGCUGGAAUCAUCCAUCAAACUGUUCUCGAGAACUAUGCUUUUCCGGGAGGCAUGAUGGUCGGCACAGACUCACACACUCCUAAUGCGGGCGGAAUGGGGAUGAUUGCAAUUGGCGUGGGCGGGGCCGACGCGGUUGACGUGAUGGCUGGGCUGCCUUUCGAAUUAACUGCACCGCAUAUCAUUGGCGUGAGAUUGACGGGCCAGCUGUCGGGAUGGGCUACGCCCAAAGAUGUCAUCAACAAGUUGGCGGGUAUACUUACUGUCAAAGGGGGAACUGGAGCCAUUAUCGAGUUCUUUGGCCCGGGCACUGAGUCUCUUUCCGCAACUGGCAUGGCGACGAUUUGCAACAUGGGUGCUGAGACGGGAGCCACAACUUCGAUUUUCCCAUACUCCGAGGCGAUGAGAUCGUAUUUGCAAGCGACACAUCGCCACGAUGUCGCCGAUGCAGUGCGCUUUGCAUCUUCAGAGUUGCGAGCGGAUGAAGACGCCCAGUAUGAUAGAAUCAUCGACAUCAACCUUUCCGAGCUAGAGCCCAUCAUCAACGGACCAUUCACACCCGACCUGUCAACGCCAAUUUCGAAGCUUUCGGACGCCGUUGACAAGGAAGGAUGGCCAAAGGACUUGACUGCAGGACUCAUUGGUUCUUGUACCAAUUCCUCAUUUCAAGAUAUGUCAAGGGCCGCUGAGUUGGCGAAACAGGCGGUGGAUGCCGGGCUUCAGCCGAAGAUGCCACUCUUUGUGUCUCCCGGAAGUGAGCAAACGAGGAAGACACUGCAGGAGAAUGGGGUACUUCAGGUGUUUGAGGAGCUCGGAAGCAAGCUAUUGACGAAUGCUUGUGGCCCGUGUUGUGGUUCUUGGGAUCGUCAAGAUAUGGAGAAGGGCGUCAAGAACUCUAUUCUCACAUCCUACAACCGCAACUUCACUGGCCGUCUUGACGGAAACCCGGCCACUCACAUCUUCCUAGCCUCACCAGAAAUGGUCAUGGCGAAGAUAUUCUCAGACGACCUCAGUUUCAACCCCACUUCGGACUCUAUUGUUACCCCCUCAGGCUCUGACUUCCGCUUCAAGCCUCCAGGUGGAGAGGCUCUGCCGUCUGAUGGGUACGCAAACACGGACUACGUGUACAGCCCCCCACCAUCGACAGGCCGCAACGAAGUCGAAGUCCAGAUCGCCGAGACGUCGAAGCGACUCCAAAGACUAGCCCCGUUCGAACCUUGGCAUGGAAAAGACUUUGAAAAUUGUGCUAUCCUGAUCAAGGUUCAGGGCAAGUGCACAACGGAUCAUAUCACGCCCGCUGGCCCGUGGUUCGCUUACCGUGGCCACCUCGGGAACAUCUCAAACAACACCCUGAUUGGGGCUGUGAAUGCCGAAACGGGAAAGGUCAAUCAAGUGAAGAACUGGUUGACCGGUGAAGAGGGCGAUGUUCCUGGUACCGCCCGGGCUUAUAAAGAAGCCUCGCAGCCCUGGGUCGUGAUCGGGGAUCAUAACUAUGGAGAAGGCUCAUCCCGUGAGCAUGCGGCGUUACAGCCGCGCUACCUUGGAUGCGUGGCUAUUAUGGCUAAGAGCUUUGCGAGAAUCCACGAGACGAACCUGAAGAAGCAAGGACUGCUGGCGCUGAAGUUUGUGAAGGAAGGCGAUUAUGAACGGAUCAGUUCUUCUGACAGGAUCAGUAUUGUGGGUAUCAAGGAUUUGCAACCGGGGAAGAACGUUGAGGUCAGGAUUACGCCGACAACAGCAGGUCGAGAAAGCUUCACCAUCGAGCUGAGUCACACAUUGACAGGCGAGCAGAUUGAGUAUUUCAGAGAAGGAAGUGCAUUGAACCUAAUGGCGAAGAGGAAGCAACAGAAGAGUUGA